AUGAGUGGACGAGCACAACACAUCGUGGGUAUCCACUAUGCGGUGGGCCCUAAGAUUGGAGAGGGCUCCUUUGGGGUGAUUUUCGAGGGUGAAAAUGUUUUGGGACAAGAAUCUGGGCCUGUGGCCAUCAAGUUUGAACCUCGCAGGGCGGAGGCACCGCAGCUCAGAGACGAGUUUCGGGCGUAUAAGAUCCUGGCAGGACUGCCGGGAAUCCCACGGGCGCAUUAUUUCGGUCAGGAGGGCAUGCACAACGUACUGGUGAUCGACUUAUUGGGUCCGUCGCUAGAAGACCUUUUUGAGUGGUGUGGCAGACGCUUUUCCGUAAAGACAACGUGUCUGUUGGCCAAGCAGAUGAUCCGACGCGUGCAGUCGAUCCACGAGCGUGACUUGAUCUACAGAGACAUCAAGCCCGAUAACUUUCUCGUGGCACAAUACCAGCGAGAGCUGCCCAACGGGCAGGUCGUGAGAGGCUGUGCCACGUCGGCACACGGAGACUCAAAUCUGGUGUACGUGGUGGAUUUCGGCAUGGCCAAACAGUACCGUGACCCCCGGACCAAGCAGCACAUCCCGUACAAGGAGCGCAAGUCGCUCAGUGGCACGGCCCGCUACAUGUCGAUCAACACUCAUUUCGGACGCGAGCAGUCGCGACGGGACGAUCUGGAGUCGCUCGGACACGUUUUCUUCUAUUUCAUGCGUGGGUUUUUGCCCUGGCAAGGCCUCAAAGUCGCAAACACCAAGUUGAAGUACGAAAAAAUCGGACUUACGAAACAAAAAGUACGGCCAGAAGAGUUGCUAGAACGCGAUAUCCCGCAUCAGUUUGCUACCUAUUUGAACUAUUGUCGGUCGCUGCGGUUUGACCAAGAGCCGGACUACGAGUAUUUAAUCUCACUGAUGACGGACGCUUUGCAGGAAAAUGGCUACGAAGAAGACGAGCAUUACGACUGGCUGGAUCUCAACGAUGGUCAGUCGUGGAAGAUUGGCGUAAAUCGAAGGGCCAAUCUUCACGGCUACGGUAAUCCAACUCCCAAAACCUCUCAGGCUGCGCGGAAAUCUGCGGUGCCACGAGUACACCGUGAUUCUUACUCUAAAGCGCAACGGCUGCGCAAUCAAAUGACCAGUCAAGCGGCUCUGCGAGAUAAGAACGGCAAUCUAGUGCAAUCUUAUGACUCCAUGGGCCAGCGCAAUGGAAAUUUUUCAGAUCGCCAACAAAACGAAACAGACUCGCUGGAAGAACAGAGCUGCUUCAAACGGUUGUGUUGCUGGUGUGACUGA